UCUGGUGCAGAUGAAAUUAGACAGCUUAGACAUCUAGAAACCACUAACACGGAAGAAGAACACAAUGUGGAGAGUGGCACACAGUCAGAAAGCUCCAGAGGGCAAGCUCCUAGGUGUCCGCAGAGCAGAGGACACAGACGUGGCAGUAGGGGAAGAAAUGGUAAUUUUUUCAGACAAAGAUAUCCAGCAAAUCAUCCUCUAAUUCAUCUGUUAAGACAAGUCAGCAGAGACCAUCGAACAAGAAGGAAUAGAAACCAAUCAGAAGAGAGACAACUACAAAGAAACCAAUUUUUCUUCAGGAGACUCCAUGGCCUCUCCCAAUCCAAUGACCACCACAUUAGCAGAUCUCAUGGCCACUACUCCAGAAGGUCACAUAGCCGAUUCAGGAGACCUCCUGUUCACUCAGAUAGAUCUCAUGUCUACUCAGGUAGAACUGAUAACCAUACAGAUAGACCACACCAUGACCUCUCAGAUAGACCGCAUCAUGACCUCUCAGUUAGACCACAUCAUGACCUCUCAGGUAGACCACCUCAUGACUACUGAGGUAGACCACAUUAUGACCGUGCAGGUAGGUUUCACCAUGGCCACUCAAAUAGGUUUCAUCUUAGCCCUACAGAGAGAGCUUUUCCUAGACACUCAGGGACAGCUCAUCAUGGCCACACAGAGAGAGAUAAUCAAGCCCACAGAGGGAGAGCUCAUGAUAACCACACAGUGCUAGCUCAUCACAACCUUGAUAACAGAUCUCAUCAUGACCACUCAGGGAGAGCUUAUCAUGGCCAUGCAGGGAGAGCUCAAAACUACCAGUCAUGGAGAGCUCAUAACAACCAAAAACACUGAAAUCGAACACCCAAAUCAUGAGAGCCUAACAACCAGUCACAGAGAUCAAACAACCAGUCACAGAGAGCUCAUAAUACCCAGUCAUGGAGAGCUCAUAACAACCUGUCACUGAGAGAUCGGAACAACCUGUCACUGAGAGAUCGGAACAACCUAUCGGAACAACAGUCACGGAGAGAUCGGAACAACCAGUCACGGAGAGAUCGGAACAACCAGUCACAAAGAGAUCGUUAUGACCGCUCAUGGAGAGCUGGUAGCAACCUGUCAUGGGUGGUUCAUAAUCAAGCAGAAAGAUACCAUGGUCGAAGAGGAAGAAUUGGAGCAUGGGAUGCAUCACCACCAGAAUCUGAGUCUGAAACUGACAGACUUUCUACAAUAAGAGAAAGAACUGAAUACUUAUGGGCACAGGAACGGCGAAGAAAUGAAAUACUUAAUCUGAACGCAGGGAUAGAAGACGGCUACAGCAGCGCUGAAGAGAGUGAUGAAAGUAUUGACAGACUGAUCUGUCGCUCCAUGCUAGAUUCACCAUACUAA